AUGAUCGCCCAGCAAACAUUUGAUGUUGUCAUUGUAGGUGGUGGUGUUGCAGGAUUAUGCACAGCAAUCAGACUAGCACAAUUAUUUAACUCGGCAGUCGCAACUUGGAGGAAAAUUCUAGUUAUCGAUGAGAAGGCACCAAACUCCGAAACGUUUAAAGUUGGUGAGUCCCUGCCUGGGGAAGCAAAACCCAUACUUCAGUCAUUAGAUGUGCUUGAAGCAAUAAAUAAUGAUAUAAUGCAAGGAAAGCAUCAUUUUUGUUACGGAAAUUGCUCUUUAUGGGGAUCUGAUGAACUGAUGGGUACGGACACGAUAUUCAACGCCUAUGGUAAUGGAUUUCAUUUAGAUCGGCUUCUGUUUGAAGAAACACUACUUAAAACUGCAGAAGUACAACACGGGCAAUUUAUUACAAUUAUGCGUAAUUCCAAGGUGACUGAAUUACUUCUCGUAAAAGAUAUUGAUCAUAAUGAUACAUAUUGGAAGAUUACAACUUCAAGUGACGAGUCAACCAACCCUCUCCAAAUGCAUGGAAGCAUACUUAUCGAUGCGAGUGGUCGUCGUUGCUGCAUCAAAAAAUAUUUACCUGACUUAAAGCGCCGUUGUUUCGACAAGUUGUUAGCCUUUGCAUGUCUAUAUGAAACUGACUAUGAUAUAUCAUAUGAGACUCAAUCAGCAGAUUUGGACAACCAUACCCUUGUAGAAUCCUGUGCUUUCGGAUGGUGGUACACAAGUCGGUUGCCCAGAAAGCAACGUAUCGUUGUUUUUCAUACUGACGAUGAUCUACUUCAUAGAAUUAAUAAAAAGAUCAGGCUAGUUGAAGAGUUUAAUGAAUUUAUGAAGGAUACUACUGUGCAUACUGCCAAACGCAUAAGCGAGCAUUCGUAUCGUCCCGUGAAAAAAAGAGUCAUGUGCAUGUCCGCAAAUUCGGCAAGCCUUUCCCAGUUUGAAUCAACAUUUAAACUAUGUCCCAAAUCAGCAUCCUGUGAAAAUCGAUGGAUAGCAAUUGGAGAUAGUGCCGCUUCUUUUGACCCACUUUCAUCUCGAGGAAUGCUUACUGCUCUAUAUAGUGCAAGGCUCGGGGCAGAAUCAAUAUUUUUUCAAUAUUUUAAUGGCAAAGAGAUAAAAAACAAAAGAAAAGUUACUCAGCCCUUAGAGAUCUAUCAGCAAUACAUCGAGAACACAUUUUAUAGAUAUAUGAAAGAGAAAAGAUUUUUUUAUAGCAAGGAGCAAAGAUGGAAUAAUGAAAUAUUUUGGAAACGACGACACGAAGAACACAUAGAGGUGUGA